UUGUGAAUUGAAUACGCCGUGAUGGGCGGCCGAUGGCGAGUAAUAUAUCGGAGGCUCGCUGGCUGUUUGCAGUCCCGGAGCAGGUGUCGGGAUGCGAUGAACUGAGCGCCCGAGCGAUUAUCCCCUUGUCCUCGCCAUGUGAUGAGAGUGACUGACUGACGGUGCCGCUGGAGCAGUGAUUUUGAGUCAUUUUCACCAGCAACAAAGCAGCCGUUGCGCUGACGUAAAGCAUCCCGAGCACAGCGCCGCAGCGUAAGGCGUCCAGAGCCAGGGGGAGACCUUAAACAACAUAAAUAUCCCGCAAUCUCAAACGAACAGGUUUAAACGGAUGGGUAAUCACAGUAUGAAAAAAAGAGGAUGGUGCUCAAAGCCAGGAGUCUUUGAUAGUUGCGAUAUGGAUUGAAAUGGAUUCUGGGAGAGAAUUAUGACAUUUGCUGUAAGGUGCCGCAUUGCCUGGCCGCUUGACGGUAGGAUGGUGUAAUGUUUUUCUAUGAUAAUUUUGGUGUUUAGGUCUUUGGGGUGGGGAUAGACAGUGGAAGGGCUACGUUAGAAUGGCUGUUAUCUUUGCUGUAAGAUCAGCGUGUCAACCUACAUCGGCAGAAUGUAUUGUAAUAACGUAACGGACAUACCGUUUGCUGCCACGGCCAAUUAUUUUUGUAAGGAGCGGUCUGAUAAAUUUAGACAAAGUAUAGAUACACUAACGGAAUAGGCUACCGAAAACAUUACGGUGCUGUUUGAACAGUAGGUACAUGUUCCAAAGUGUGUGCCGCUCGGGACAAUUUCAACAGGCAAUUAUUUUUGAAACCUUUAUCCCAAGAGGCUUUUCAUAACGUGACGCAUUUAUUGCUGGAGAUUCUACCUAACGACUGUAAAAUAAUCGACCUAUUUUUAAUUAUUUAUUUAUUUUUUACUGUUCUCGGCGAAAGCUUUACAAAGAAAAGGAAUCAUGACUCAUUUGCAAGCGGGGUUGUCCCCCGAAACGCUGGAGAAGGCCAAGUUGGAGUUGAAGGAAACCGCCGACACUUUGCAUCAGGACAUACAGGAGGUGAGGGAUAUGAUAAUCACGCGUCCAGACAUUGGCUUUCUUAGGACAGACGACGCUUUCAUUCUGCGAUUCCUGCGAGCACGGAAAUUUAACCACUUCGAGGCGUUCAGGCUGCUGGCUCAGUAUUUCGAGUACCGCCAGCAAAAUCUAGACAUGUUCAAGAGCUUCAAAGCAACCGACCCGGGCAUCAAACAGGCUUUAAAAGACGGAUUUCCGGGGGUGCUAACCAACUUGGACCCCUGUGGCAGGAAAAUAUUAGUUCUCUUCGCCGCCAACUGGGAUCAGAGCAGGUACACCUUCGUGGAUAUACUGCGGGCCAUUCUGUUCUCCCUGGAAGCCAUGAUCGAAAAUCCCGAGCUACAGGUGAACGGGUUUGUGCUGAUCAUCGACUGGAGCAACUUCACCUUUAAGCAGGCCUCCAAACUGACCCCAAGCAUGCUGCGGCUGGCCAUAGAGGGCUUACAGGACAGCUUCCCGGCCCGUUUCGGCGGGAUCCAUUUCGUCAACCAGCCCUGGUACAUCCACGCGCUGUACACUGUCAUCCGACCCUUCCUCAAGGACAAGACAAGGAAACGGAUUUUCAUGCACGGCAACAACCUGAACAGCCUGCACCAGCUGAUCCACCCCGAGAUCUUGCCGUCCGAGUUCGGCGGCAUGAUGCCCCCUUACGACAUGGGCACGUGGGCGCGAACUCUGCUGGACCACGAGUACGACGAGGAGCCGGACUACUGCCCCGAAUCCUACACCCUCUCCGCCAAGGACCUGGAGAAGGACCUCUCCCCCAAAAACAUCAAGAGGUCCCAGUCUGUGGUGGAACCAGGCGUCCUCAAAAGGCCUGAGAAGGUGAGGAACGACGAGGAGAACACACAGCCUCUGCUUUCACUGGACUGAUGUCUCCUCAGCUGCAGUGCAGGAGAAAG